CUCUUAAGGCGUGUCUGACUAAAAGUGACAGCUUUCACUUCAGUCUGCGCUUUCAGAGGACUUCCUCACUGCCACACUGAAUCCUGGUGGAGAGAUGAGUUUCUACAGUGAUGCAUCCACCGAGGACAUGAGCGACGAGUUGGAGUCUCUGGGGUGGUACCACUACGACCUGUCCCGCCAUGCUGCAGAGGCCCUUCUCUUGUCCAAUGGGACUGAUGGAAGUUAUCUCCUGAGAAACAGUAAUGAGGGACCAGGCUGCUUUGCUCUGUCUGUCAGGGCGAAGGAUUCUGUCAAGCAUUUUCAUGUGACACGCAGAAACAACGCUUAUGUGUUUGGGUUUAAUGAGUUUGCCACCCUUCAAGACUUCGUUAACCACUUUGCUAACCAGCCUCUGCUUGGCAGUGACGCAGGAACCCUCAUCGUGCUGAAGUGUCCAUACCCGUGGCGUGUGGAGGAGCCAUCCAUCUAUGAGUCAGUGCGAGUUCACACAGCCAUACAGACGGGACGCACAGAAAAUGAUCUGGUGCCAACUGCUCCAUCGCUGGGCACAAAGGAAGGCUAUCUGGUGAAACAAGGAGCAAUUGUGAAGAGCUGGAGACAGAGGUGGUUCACACUCAACAGAUAUGAACUCAAAUACUUCAAAGACAAUAUGUGUGAGGAGCCCAUUCGAACCCUGGAUCUAAGAGCCUGCUCUGCAGUCCAGUUUGACUACUCGCAGGACAGAGUCAACUGUUUCUGUCUGGUGUUUCCUGAGAGGACAUUUUAUCUGUGUGCAAAGACGGGUGUGGAAGCAGAUGAGUGGAUCAAGAUUCUGAGGUGGAAACUGUCACAGAUCAGCAAAGGUCGAUGACUGCUGCCGGUGGAGACUCCAGAGAUGGAAAGAAGUCCCACGUACAUGGAAGACGUCAUCGCAGCUGGAUGAACAAUGAUGAACAGCACGAUUUAAAAGUGAAGAGUAAACUCGAGCAUGACUAAAACUGGGACACAUUUCCCUCAGUGCACUGACUGAAGACUAACAACAUGGAAGUGACACCACUUUGCUUUUUAAUCGUCCAAAGAUGCUUUGUUUCUCAUAAGUUUCCUGUUAAUAGUUGCUGCUUUUCCCAGACGAUGUUUGUUACUACUAACAUCAAUUUAGGACAUUGCCGGCAUUAUUCUAUAAGUCUAAAACCAACAAUGAGUGUGUCUCAAAACGCAUACCUCUAUUAGUAUACUUCAAUGUAGUACACUAUGUACAUGAGGAACCUCUUGCGCGGUGCCCUAAUUUCAACAUUGCACACUGCUGUUUUGCAGUGACCAAAAGAGACAACAGAUUUUUUUUUCUUUUUUACCGCCUCUUCUUCUUCUUCAUCUUCUUUUUAAAGGGCGAGUAGCAAACAGACGGUGGAGUAUUAUCGCCAACAUAUGGGAGCUAUCUCUGCACACUUAUUACCAAACUUAUGCCACGACAUCAGUGCUAAUUAAAAAGUGCCGCUGUAGUUAGGAGUAUGUUAGGGUCCAUGUCAUUGGUUCGACAGCCCAUUGGUUCGACAUCCCAUUAGUCCGACUGUCCGCAGUGCUGAACGGCUCACGGCGGGCGUAUGGUGCACCACGACCAGCUUGAGGUGGAGCAGGCUCACGGCUUAUGUGUUUGUCACUUUCUUUUUCAUUUUAACCCACACCAUGAUCUUUUCCUGACCCUAACCAAGUGGUUUUUGUGCCUAAACCUAACCAGACCUUAACCACAGGGCAUCAUGAUGAUUUCGGAACAACGGGACUUCGGAACAAUGAGUUUAAUAUGGUCGGAACAAUGGGAUGUCGAACCAAUGGGCAGUUCCCGUAUGUUAGCUAGCUAGCUAGCUAGCUAGUGAAUGCCAACAUUAUCUAGCAGACUAAUGUUAGUACUCGAAUUUUUGUUCGCAGUAGCAAAUCAUUACAAAUCCAACAAACAUUACUGACCCACCUCUGUUUGACAACAGUAUUGCACUUAGUGUAAAAAACAUGUAUAGCUUACAUCUGUAUAACGCAGCGAUGUUCACUGUAGCCAGCUUAGGCUACUUGUUUUUCCAAGACACCAUGUCAAAAGAUGAGAAGUUCUGCUAUGUCACAAAGAUGUGUGUUGAGGAUGAGAAGUUUCCAUCAUUCCAUACUCAACUUUUGGAACGUUGUGAAUGCACCAGUAGUAUACUGCAUUUUCCCACACUAUGCAGCGUGAACACACUUAGCGCACUUGUGCACUCAAAUUAUUAAGUGUUUAGUACAGAAGUAUGCUAUUUGAGACACACAGAAUAUGUUAGUCUGUCCACUGGUUCCUGCUGCUGAGGAAACAGCUUACUGAUUUAUAGUUCACAGCAACAGUUAACCACUUUUAUUGUUUAGAGAGCGUUACUCAAACAGGAGGAAAUAAUGCAUUGUUUGGGCACUGUCUUUACACACUGUUCUUUAUUUACACCGAACAAAAAUAUAUACAGUUUCGUUUUCACUCUCAUUUUCGAGUUGAAAUAAAAAGAUCUAAGACUUUUUCCAUGCACACAAAAGACUGAUUUCUCACAUUUUGUGCACAAAUGCGUUAAAAUCCAUGUUAGUGAGCACUUCUCCUUUCCCAAGAUAGUCCCUUCCACCUGACAGGUGUGGCAUAUCAAGAUGUUGAUUAAACAGCAUCAAUUACUACACAGGCGUGCCUUGGGAUGGUCACAAUAAAAGGCCACUCUCGACUAAAGACAUUAAUUAGGCGCUCUGAACAAGGCUUUCACAUGACUAGGGCUACAGAUAUGCACUUUCUGGUCCAGCGGGAUACUUCUGAGAAAAGAACAUUUCUGCAAACUGCCAGAUGCCAUGGAAGGUGAACAGUUGCUCACUCAAGUCAAGGUCAAGGUCAAGACCCUGCAGAGGAUGAGGAGGAUGUAUGAGUUUCCCUGAGACAGUUUGAGUGCAAAUUCUUUGAUACAAACCAAUUGUGCAUCAGCUGGCUUUGGAUGGCUGCUCCCAGACCAUCUUACAGGUGAGGAUAUAGGAUAUGGAGGUCCUGAGCUGGUGUGGCUACAUGUGGUCUUUGGUUGUGAGGAUGGUUGGAUGUACUGCCAAAUUCAAGGAAACCUCAUUGGAGACAACUUAUGGGAGAGGAAAGAACAUUCAAUUCAUGGGCAGCAGCUCUGGUUGACACUCCUGCAGUCAGCAUGCCAAUUGUACACUCCCUUCAAACUUGUGACAUCUGUGUCAUUGUGUUGCGUGAUCACACUGCACAUUAUAGAGUGACCUUUUAUUGUGACCAUCCCAAGGUACAUCUGUGUAGUAAUGAUGCUGUUUAAUCAGCAUCUUGAUAUGCCACACCUGUGAAGUGAUGGAUUAUCUUGGAGAAAGACAAGUGCUCAUUAACAUGGAUUUAAACAAAUGUGUUACCAAAAUUUGAGAGGAAUGUAUCUGUUGAGUGCUUAAAAUCUUACACCUAAAAUUUAAACCUGUACAAAAUGAGAGCAAAAACAAAAGUCUUGGUUUUAAUUUUUGUUCAGUAUAUAUUAAGGACAGCAGGACAGUGUUUGUAGGAUGGACCUUUUACACAGCAGACAUUUUGACGUGUCAUAUUAGGAAAAGCAGGGAUGGAACUGAUAACAUUAACAAUGGUUUAGUUCCAAUAAGUGUCCUAGUAAGCUAUUCAGUGAGCCAGCAUGCACAAUACCAGGGCCUCACCUAAAUUGAAUGCAGCUAUUGUUAAUGUUAUUAUAUACACCUGUAAUUAUUCCUACCAUGACAUGGCAAAAUGACUACUGUGAAAAAGGUCUGGAGUCAAAAUAAACUAUUGUAUGUGUUAAUGGAAGAUUGCACCCAGUGCAGCAGUGUGAUUUCAUGAUGUGUGUAAGGAUGUGUUCACUGUAGAUUUUGGUCUGGUUUUGUUAACAAAAAACAGAACCAGUCACCUCUGCUCUGGGUGGUGAGUACUGCAUGAGAACUUGCUGAAGACUGAUGAAUGUAACCAAGUGUAGAAAAUGACUUUAAAUACAAACCUACCAACUGAAGCAUUCUAAUCAAAUGGUUCAUUUUGCAGUGACUCCUCUUAAACAAUAAUAAAUUAAUGUUAAUGGGGCAGCAACAAAGUCAACAUGCAACUAUAUUGCUACUCUGACAUUUCACUGUAAAAAUUCAAUUAAAAACUAGUGUAGGGAGGUCUUUAACAGCUCCUAGUGGCAGCAGGGGUUAACUGAAUUUGUCACCUUUGAUGUCAUCUCACUACAGUACACGUGAUCUUCUGUACCUCCGUCAGUUUUUUAUACAAGGGACCUAUCUUUACAACCCUGCUUACAAAUAAAUGCCAAAAAACAACAACAAAAAAAUCCUGACAAAUUUUUAUGCCAUAGCUGUGGCUGGAGGCAUUUUGUUUUCAGGUCGACGACGUCUGUCUGUCCAAUUCUUGUGAAAACCACAAUAUCACGAGCACGUUAAGGGAAAUUCUUUAAAUUUGGCACAAACAUCCAGGUAGAGUAAAGGAUGAACUGAUUAGAUGUUGUGAUCAGAGGUCAAGGUCACUGUGACCUUGCGUUUGUCCUAUUCUCAUGAAUGCAAUAGCCCAAGAACACCUCGAGGGAAUUUCUUCAAAUUUGGCGCAAACGUUUACUUGGACUCAACGAUGAACUGUUGUUGGUCAAAGGUCACUGUGAUCUUGCAUCUGUCUCAUUCUCAUGGAUGCGAUACCUCAAGAAAGUAUUGAGGGAAUUUAUUCAAAUUUGCCUCAAAUGCCCUCUUGUACUCAACAAUGAACUGACUAGAAUUUGGUAGUCAAAGGUCACUGUGACCCCACUAAACAUGUUUUUGGCCAAAUCUCAAGAAUUUACACAAAUUCUGACAAAAUUUCACACAAAUGUCGAAUAGGAUACAAUUAUGAAGUAAUGACAUUUUAUAUUCAAAAGGUCAUCAAAUGGAAAAAAUUUUGAGGGGAACCCUCCAACAAAGGAUGAC